UCUCUGGCAAAUACCGCACGUUCGAGUCGAAGUUCAACGGUAACCCGGAGAGGCGGAGUCGGCAGAGCUCGAACUCGUUCCUUUAGCGUUCUGGAGACAAUCGAAAGUCAAGUCAAAAUGGCACCAUAUACCAUUCUGUUUGCGUUGCUAUGCAACCAUAUUGCACAUGCGCACUGGAGUCCUGCCGCCCAUGAAAUCAUAGACAUGACGUACGUGAUGUCAGAGGACUCCCUAGUUUGGCCUGGGUUUAACAUGAAGUUUCAUUAUACACGUAUUAGAAGGGACCAGUGGAAGUACGGUGCAGGUUGGCUAGAGGACAAUGACAUAUGCCGACCAGAACAUCAGGGCACCCACUUGGACGCGCCUGCGCACUUUGCUCGCGGAAAAUGGCACGUGCAGGACAUUCCUCCUUACAGGUUUUUUGGUCCGGCAAUAAAGGUCGACAUUUCUGCCAAAGCGGCACUCAACCGCGACUAUAACCUUGAGGUAAAAGAUGUAGAAAACUGGGAACGCGCCAACGGCAAAAUACCAGACGGUGCCAUCUUGUUCGUAUACACGGGUUGGGGAAAAUAUCACACCAACAGUUCAGCAUAUUACGGUUAUGAUGGGGCAGGUGAUUGGAAAAACGAUCUGCACUUUCCCUCGGUAUCACAGAGCGCCGCCAAAUGGCUAGCAGAGAACAGGAAAAUCUCAGCCGUCGGAGUUGAUAGUCCUUCAAUAGGACCAAGCAGUUCUUAUAUGGCCCACGUUCCACUCCAUGAAAAGAACAUCUUUAACGCAGAGAGUGUAGCAAACUUAGAUAAACUUCCAACCAAAGGAUAUUCAGUUGCUAUGCUACCGGUCAAUAUAAAGGACGGCAGCGGCGCCCCCUUGCGGAUCAUUGCAUUCAAAACAGUCCAAAUAUCUCCCGGUCCUGAAGACGUUGUUGAUCUUACGUAUCCCCUUGGAAACAACACGGUGAUGUGGCCGGGUAGGGCCAGCUUUAAACUACUUCCGGUACAGAAAGGAUAUAUGAAAAUAGGCAACAAUUCUGUGUGGGUGGAUUUUAACAAUUUUUGUAGUCCAGAGCAUGCUGGGACCCAUUUAGAUGCGCCUGCACACUUCAUCAAAGGUUCGUGGCGAAUCCAUCAAAUUCCGGCCCACACCCUCAUUGGUCCGGCCAUUCGAGUGGAUAUUUCCAAAAAAGCCGCAAACAACCCGGACGCCGUGUUGACUGUUCAAGACCUCCAUGAUUGGGAAUAUGAGAACGGUCGGAUACCAGACAAUGCCAUGGUAUUUUUGUACAGUGGAUGGGGGAAAUACGUAGAUGAUUAUGAGAAGUACCUCGGAACUGCUAACCGCACCCACUGGGAAAAUGAUCAAGGACAGUCUCUCCUUCAUGUCCCCGGUUUUUCAGGAGAGGCAGCUGAGUGGUUGGUAAACAAUCGAAAAAUCAUCGGAGUCGGAAGUGACACAAUCAGUUAUGAUGCAGGGCAGACGACAUCUUUCCCGGCCCACGUGACUUUUCUCCGCGCCAAGCGGCUCGCGUUAGAGAUUGUGGCUAAUCUCGACAAGCUUCCGCCAUCUGGAUAUACCGCAUUUGUUUUUCAUAUGCUUCAUGUUGACGGGAGUGGAGCACCAACGAGGCUGGUUGCCGUGAAAAACUCAGCAAUUAGUUUUAACUCGGAUGAAGUAGCUUCAGAUGGCCCUAUGUCACGUCCUCUUUUUGCUAUAUUGCUUUUGCCCUCAUUUUGUGUCCUUAUUGUCUUGUUGUAAGUCAUUGCAAAAUUUAAGCAUGCAUGAAAAAAACUGUCAUAAAUGCAGGCAGGUA